UACAGCUGAAAAGCUAACAUUAACCCGUUCUUCUUAAAUGAAGUCCAAUUUUGUAUGCUUUUAUUGUCCGCACGCUUGAAGGUGACACUCGGUAUCUAGACGGAACUGAGAGUCAUAGUCGUGGUUUAUUGUUUAAGAACAUAGAGCCUACGGUCAUCAGCUGGCAGGCAUGGAUAAGUUCAAACCUUUGCUAAGCUUCACUCAGAAACAGCAGACCAAUUUAGGAUUCGGAUUGAUCGCUCUUAUAACUGCUGGCAGCGAGCACAUCUUCUCGGUCUUUGCUUUUAAGUGUCCGUGCAAUGAAUUGAAUUUCGUUUAUGGCAACGUCUGCCUCCUCGUACCCGCGCUUGCACUGCUCAUCUUAAGUUACAUGUUGAGCAAUAAAACAUGGAAAUUGUUCACGGGUAUGUGCCUUAGGAAAUCGAGGUUAUGUCGUUUUAAUUACGCGAUUGGCUUUUUGUGCGUUUUUCUUCAAAUCACCACGACAGCGAUGGUCGCUCCUCUCAGCUGGAUCGCAGUUGCUCUACUCAGAGGGGUGUAUUUCGAGUGCUCGAUGACUGGCGCCAACAUUACACUUUUUAGACGUCAACUUUGCAACGAAAAGUUUCCUCACUGUAGGACAGAGUUGGAGAAAUUCCCGUGUGAUGGAACCGCGAUUCCGCAGAGUGAGAGAGUGGCUCUGCUGUCCAUCAUACGCGCAGAGUCGCAGGUACUUGGUUGGAUCCUGAUAGGCUCUGUGAUGACGUUCACUUUUCUGCUCACAUGCAUGGCCAGAUGCUAUUCUCCAAUCAGUUACAUGCAGCUAAAGUUUUGGAUGAUGUACACUCAGAAGGAGAGUGAGUUUUUGGACAGCUAUACAGAUAAGCAUGCUGAAAACCUUGCAAAGAGAAACAUAUCAAGUUUCUUUGAUUUAACCAAACCCAUUCCUAUGAAGAGUCCACCCAGACAGGCCUGGGAGAAGAUAUCCUCCUUUUACAAGUUCCGAAGCAUGGACAGAUACUACAGCAUCCUGCACAAGUAUGUGUGCACUUGUGAGGACCUUGAAAAUCCAGUAGUAAGGCCUUCGGUGAGGUCUGAAAAUGAUUUUCCAAACCCAGCAGCACUUGCAUUUGUGGAUGAAGGCAAACUGCUCCUGUAGGCGCUGUCUAAUUGAUAGCUUUUCAUGCUUUACCCUGUUAUUAUGGGCAUAAACAGAGCUGUACUUGCUGCUUUAUUUUCUGUUCUUUUAACGAGUCUGUUCACUGUUCAUCUUGAAUUGCUAUUUUAUCUUUUCUUUUGAAUACUAUAAUUGUAUGAUUUUAACAUUACUGGGGUUUUGUUGUUUAAUUAGAAUUUUGUCUGUCAAGAUAUUUUUCUAUAUGAACAA